ACGCGAGCCUACCCGACGCAGCACCGGAGACACCGGAGCAGAAGUUGAUCGGAGGAGCCUUUUAUCCUCUCCAGCUUGCUUUGGAUUGCUCUUACUUUACGCAGGCUUUCACACCGCUUGCAGAGUCAUCUGUACGAAAAUGCCGGACACUAAAAAAUACAUCGAGAAUCUCUCUGGAGCGGGGAAGUGCAUCGGCGUCCUGACGAGCGGAGGAGAUGCUCAAGGUAUGAAUGCUGCUGUGAGGGCAGUGGUCAGAAUGGGAAUCUAUGUAGGAGCAAAGGUUUAUUUUAUCCAUGAGGGCUACCAGGGCAUGGUGGAUGGAGGCGAUAACAUCAAGGAGGCAUCAUGGGAAAGUGUUUCCAGUAUGUUACAAGUGGGUGGCACAGUGAUCGGCAGUGCCCGAUGUAAGGAUUUCCGCACACACGAGGGGCGUUUGUGUGCCGCCCUGAACCUGGUUCAACGUGGUAUCACCAACCUGUGUGUGAUUGGUGGAGACGGCAGUUUGACCGGUGCUAAUCUCUUCAGGGAGGAGUGGAGCGGACUGCUGGAUGAGCUUGUCCAAUCAGGUCAGAUCAGCGAGGAUGCUGCCCAAACUCAUUCUGCCCUGCAUAUCGUCGGGAUGGUGGGCUCUAUAGAUAAUGAUUUCUGUGGGACAGAUAUGACCAUUGGCACUGACUCAGCACUGCACAGGAUCAUAGAGGUGGUGGACGCUAUUAUGACCACAGCGCAGAGCCAUCAGAGGACCUUUGUGCUGGAGGUUAUGGGGAGACACUGUGGGUAUCUAGCAUUAGUCAGUGCUCUUGCGUGUGGUGCUGACUGGGUGCUGAUUCCAGAACGGCCUCCUAAAGACGGCUGGGAGGAACAGAUGUGUCAGAAACUAUCAGAGAGCCGUUUGCGAGGUUCUCGUCUUAAUAUAAUCAUAGUGGCUGAAGGAGCCACAGACAGACACGGAAACCCCAUCAGCUCACAUCAAGUGAAGGACCUGGUCGUGAGCCGGUUGGGGUUUGACACUCGGGUCACCAUUCUGGGCCACGUCCAGAGAGGAGGAACCCCCUCUGCCUUUGACCGGAUUCUGGCCAGUCGCAUGGGAGUGGAGGCCGUUUUGGCUCUUCUCGAAGCGUCUCCUGGUACUCCAGCAUGUGUGGUGUCUCUGUGUGGAAACCAGGCGGUCAGGGUCCCUCUGAUGGAGUGUGUUCAGAUGACUCAGGAGGUUCAGAAGGCCAUGGAUGAAAAGAGAUUUGAAGAAGCUGUGAAGCUGCGUGGCAGAAGUUUCGAAAACAACCUGAACACCUACAAACUCUUGUCUCACCGCAAAAUUGACACAGAGCUUCCACAUAGUUCGUUUAAUGUGGCCGUGUUGAAUGUUGGCGCUCCUGCGGCUGGUAUGAAUGCUGCCGUGCGCUCAGCUGUCAGAGUCGGCAUCACUGAAGGACACACCAUGUUUGCUGUGAGCGACGGGUUUGAGGGCUUCUACAAAGGACAGAUAAAAGAAAUCAAGUGGGGGGAUGUUGGGGGCUGGACGGGGCAGGGCGGGUCCCUGCUAGGAACAAAACGAACCCUCCCAGCAAAACAUGUGGAUAAAAUUGCAGAGCAGAUGAGGAUUCACAACAUAAACGCUUUACUGGUUAUUGGAGGAUUUGAGGCAUAUUUGGGUCUGAUGGAGCUCCAAGCAGCUCGCUCCAAACACGCAGAGCUCUGUGUGCCGAUGGUGAUGGUCCCGGCCACUGUGUCCAACAAUAUCCCCGGCUCAGACCUGAGCAUCGGGGCAGACACGGCCAUCAACGCCAUCACAGACACGUGUGACCGUAUAAAGCAGUCGGCCAGCGGGACGAAGCGUCGCGUGUUCAUCAUCGAGACCAUGGGGGGUUAUUGUGGAUAUCUGGCAACCGUAGGUGGUCUUGCAGCUGGAGCUGAUGCUGCGUACAUCUAUGAGGAGCCGUUUGACAUCCGAGACCUGCAGUCUAACGUCGAGCAUUUAACAGAGAAGAUGAAGACCAGCAUCCAGAGAGGACUAGUGCUCAGGAAUGAGAACAGCAAUGAGAACUACACCACUGACUUCAUCUAUCAGCUGUACUCUGAAGAGGGUAAAGGAGUGUUUGACUGCAGGAAGAAUGUCCUGGGACACAUGCAGCAGGGUGGCGCUCCUUCACCGUUUGACAGGAACUUUGGCACGAAGAUCGCAGCUAAAGCCAUGCAAUGGAUCUCCAAGAAGCUCAAAGAGUUUUACAGAGACGAUGAAGGCCGUGUGUUUGCGAACACUGAAGACUCUGCAUGUUUGCUGGGAAUGCGGCGCAGGGCUCUGCUCUUCCAGCCUGUUGUUCAGCUCAAAGACGAGACAGAUUUUGUUCACAGAAUCCCGAAGGAGCAGUGGUGGCUCCGUCUGCGGCCGCUCAUGAAGAUUCUGGCCAAAUACAAAACCAGCUACGACGUGUCGGAUUCAGGCCAGCUGGAGCACAUCGUCCGGCUCCGAGCUAAAGACAGCUCCGCCAUUUAACACCUCAAGAUCAGAGGACUCGACCUGUAGAACACAUAAUCAUAUACGGUACAUGCGAAGCAGUUGAUGUUAGACAUUCAGCCACAAAAUAUAUUUGUGUUGUGAUUGACAGUCCAUCGAUUAGCUAAUCAUCCCUUUUAAAUGAAGCCAUGUGGUAUCUUUUGUGAAUAUGCAAGAUUUCCCUAUUUAUUUUUAUUCUACUUGAGCUUAUUUUUAGAGAUCUCUGAAUGAUUUUUGUGCUACUCACUGGCUUAAUAUAGCACAAUUCCACUGUC